GACCUUGGUCAAAUUGCAGCUUCUGUCACGUAAUAAGAAAAUUCUUGUCGCCGCUCAGUCUGUAAUUGCCACACUCAAUUUCAGUCUAUGAUCAGUGGUAAUAUAAUAUAAAUAAUAAAAUUAUGGGAACUAUUUAUUGUUCAUUGAUUUGAAUUAAAAAGAAUUUGUGAAAUGGAUUUUCUCAAUAUGGACCAUUUUAAAAGAUCGCGACUCCUACACUUGUGUCUGGCGAUUACAUUUUUUGCGUCUGGAAUUAUCGUGAAUAUAAUCCAAGCAAUAUUCUAUUUUACUUUAAGGCCCUGGAACAAACACCUCUACCGAAAAAUUAAUUAUUUUUUAUGUUAUACUAUUUAUGCACAAGUGGUUUUUGUAGCUGAAUGGUGGGCGUCUACUAAGUUGCUAUUAUAUAUUGAUAAAAAUGAUUGGGAAAAAUAUUAUGGUAAAGAACACGGAUAUUGUAUAAUGAACCAUUCAUACGAAAUAGACUGGUUGAUGGGAUGGAUGGCUUGUGAAAAAAUGAAAGUGCUUGGAAAUUGCAAAGCUUAUGCAAAAAAAUCUAUCCAAUAUCUUCCUGUUCUUGGUUGGGGCUGGAAAUUUGCAGAGUUUGUUUUUUUGGAGAGGUCCUUUGAAAAGGAUAAACUUGUUAUAAGUAAGCAAAUCACCGAACUGGCUGAUCAUCCCGAUCCUAUGUGGCUAUUGCUUUUCCCUGAAGGAACAAGGUUUACUGAGAAGAAACAUAUAGUUUCAUUGGAGUUUGCUAAGAAAAAUAAUUUGCCUGAACUGAAACACCAUUUACUUCCAAGAACUAAAGGGUUUGUUGGUAGUUUGCCUUCAAUGAGAAAUAAAAUUCCUGCAAUCUAUGACACUGUUAUAGCAUUUAAUCCAAAUGAUUCAGUGGAGCCAACAAUUACCAAUCUUCUAAUGGCAAAGCCAAUCACAGCUCACAUGUACAUUAAAAGAAUUCCAUUAGAGGAAGUUCCAGAAUCAAUAAGUGGACAAGAACAAUUUUUAAUUGAUAUGUUUCUCAGGAAGGACAGAUUAAAAGACAGCUUUUUUAGAACUGGUGAUUUUUUCACUGAAUCUGGAGUGGACCGUGUAAAACCAUGGCCUUCCCAGAGACGUAUAUGUGUAUUACUUAAUAUGAUCUUCUGGCUAGUUUGUAUACUUAUACCUUCAUUCUAUUAUCUAAUGAAGCUCUUAUUUUCUGGAAAGUUUCUUUAUUUUUCAAUUGGAUUUAGCUUUAUUUUAGUGUUUUAUGUUUUAUUAAAGAAGGCAAUUUCUAUGACAGACAUAAAGUCAUCUUCAUCUUCUUAUGGGAUUGAUGGGCAUCCAAGCAAAAAAUUAAAUUAAAAUUAAUGUAGGGAGUUACAUAAAUGAAAAUUUAUGGUUUGUAAUUUUAGUCCUCUUAUAACUGUAAAUAAUGAAGUUUGAAUGAAAUGAAGUAUUAGAAGUUAAAAGUUUACUUUUUAUUCACGUGAUUACGUAAAGAAUAUUUUGCUGUGGUAAAGUUACAAAAUUUAUGUAUAGAUGCGUGAGUGCAUUAAUCUAGAAUCACUUUUCAUUUGAGGAAGUUAUAAUCUUAGCUUCAUAUUAUUUACGCAAUCUGGACUGCUAAACUUUUGCAUAGGUUUGGAAAAUAGAAUGUGACUAUAAUUUGUCUUAAUAAAUCUUGUAAAGUUGUAAUAGUGUAACGAAUAUUUUCAUUAUAGUAUUAACAAAAAAUUUAGGGUGUAAUUACUGGGUUAUUAUUCCAAAAAAAUUAAUUUCAUUGAUAAAUCAUAUUACAUACAUAUGGUUCAUAAUGGAAAAUAUUUUGUUAAUACUAAUGCAAUUAAAAAUAGUAGAUUUUAGGUUUUAGAAAAAUCUAUGUGAGUUUUAAAUUUUUCAUUGUAAUGGGGUUUUAGGAAAAGCUAUAAUUAAUUUCAGUGUUCAGGUGUUUCAUCUUUUGUUUUUUUUUGCAACCGCUUUUAAAGUUAAGCUUUUGGUAUUUAAUAAAUGUUAAAAGAUUUGUAUUUUUAGGGGAAUAUUGAACAAAAUAAAAAAAGAAAGGCAA